AACGCAACUCUACGGAGAUUUUAAUCGAUCGAUCUUGUGGCGGCUUUCGUGGCUCGAUCUUGAGAUGAAGGACAUGGGCGACCACAAGAAGGCGGAAGAUCGUCCGGUGGCGGAUGCAGCAUGGCCGUGGCCGGCGAGGGCCGCCAGCGCGGCGAGGAGGAGGACGGGCGUGCUGCUCAUCGUGUGCCUGUUCAUGCUGCCGUUCAUGGUGCUCCUCUUCGGCGGGCGGGCGGGGGCGCUGGCCGUGUGGCAGAACGCAGCCAUGCUGACCAACAUGGGUGGAGGAUUACCGAACGCUUCUCGUCAGAGCGCCGACGGUGCCGGUGCAGACGAGCUCUUCGGCGGCCUGCUCUCGCCGGGCUCGGACCGGCGCGCGUGCCUGAGCCGCUACCAGUCCGCGCAUUACUACAAACACUCGCCGUACGCGCCUUCGCCGCACCUCCUGCGGAAGCUGCGCGACUACGAGGCGCGGCACAGCAAGUGCGGCCCCGGCACGCCGGCGUACGCUAAGUCCGUCGGUCACCUCCGGUCCGGCAGCGGCAGCAGCACGGAGGACAAGGAGUGCAACUACAUCGUGUGGAUCCCCUACAAUGGCCUCGGCAACCGGAUGCUGUCGCUGCUCAGCACGUUCCUCUACGCGCUCCUCACCGACCGCGUCCUCCUCGUGCACUCCACCGACGACUUCACCGGCCUCUUCUGCGAGCCGUUCCCCGGAGCGAAUGCGACCUGGGUGCUCCCGCCGGACUUCCCCGUCGCCGACAUGUCCCGGCUCGGCGUAGGCUCCAACCAGUCGUACGGGAACCUCCUGGACGGCAAGAAAAUCGCCAACGACCCGGCCAAGGCGACGCCGCAGUCGGUGCCGCCGUACGUGUACCUGCACCUGGCGCAUGACCUCCGGCGCUCGGACCAGCUCUUCUACUGCAACGACGACCAGCUCGUGCUGGCCAAGGUGAACUGGCUGCUGGUGCAGAACGACUUCUACUUCGUGCCGGCGCUGUACGGCAUGGCCGAGUUCCAAGGCGAGCUCCGGAGGCUGUUCCCGGCCAAGGAGAGCGUGGCGCACCUUCUCGGCCGGUACCUGUUCCACCCGUCCAACUCCGUCUGGGGCAUGAUCACCAGGUACCACCACACGUACCUGGCCCAUGCAGAGGAGAGGAUCGGCGUGCAGAUCAGGAUGUUCUCAUGGGCAUCCGUCCCCGUCGACGACAUGUACAACCAAAUCAUGGCGUGCUCCCGACAGGAGCGCAUACUGCCGGACGUCGUCGUCGAUGGCGACGCCGCGGCGAGCAGCAGUGCUAGUCAUGGCGACGGCUCCUCCAAACCCAAGGCCAUCUUGAUCGCGUCGCUGCAGGCAGACUACUACGACAGGAUCCGGUCGACGUACUACGAGCACGCGGCCAAUGGCGGCGGCAUGGUGGGGGUGUUCCAGCCGAGCCACGAGGAGCGGCAGAUCACGGGGCAGCGGUCGCACAACCAGAAGGCGCUGGCGGAGAUCUACCUGCUCAGCUUCUCCGAUGUGCUGCUCACCACGGGGGCAUCCACGUUCGGCUACGUGAGCAGCAGCCUCGCGGGGCUGCGGCCGACCAUGCUCAUGGUUCCCAAAGACGACGACGGCAAGGUGCCCGAGCCGCCGUGCGUGCGUGCGGUGUCUAUGGAGCCGUGCUUCCACAUGAAGCCCGAUGUGGAGUGCCACGGGAAGGCGGUGAACAAGGAGGAGCUGUCUCGCCACGUCAAGGAGUGUGAGGAUGUAGGCAAAGGGAUUAAAUGGAUCAAAGGGAUCAAGUUGUUUGAUUAG